GGCGAUGAACGCGUGGAGGGCGUGAGAGAGUCCGAAUUCUCGGAGGAAUAGGGAAUGAAGGUGCUGAAGCAAGAAACGAAGUGUGAGAAGGAACACAAGCGCGAAAAGAGCGUGAGAGGGCGCAAGAGUUUGGCUGACCAAAAGACAGUGCCCUUGGAGGUAGCGGCAAGGGUGGAACAUACCCAGCCCCAGCAGCAUAGGUAAGGUGGGAGGAGCUCCAUUCCAGGGAGGAGGAGGACACUUUCUUUCCCUGAGCCCAUUUUCCAUAGGUGGUCCCCUUUUAGCAAUCUUCAAGGUAAAUUUUGACCCCAGUGAGUUUUUAGAAUAAAAGGAAAGAACGUCAGAGGAAGCUAUGCCAAAGUGAGGCUGCGCAAAGCGCAGGAAAGUCAGUUAGAGGGUGGCGCCUUUUUUCAAAGAAGAUUCCAUCUCCUCCCUAAAGCUCAGGCCGUACCACACCCCACCUCCACGUUUUCCUCCCUCUGUCCUCCUCCCUUUCCCCCACCCCAGCCCCCCACUCCCAGCACGAUCGGAUCGCUUUUAAACCAGGUAACUGCUUCUGUCUCCUCAGCAGCUCCGGGAGCCCCUGAGUAGAGGGGGUGGAGCCCGCAUUGGUCUCUGGCGGAGCUCAUGGUGGGAGGGGUCCUGAGGGCGCUAAUGGCGCGCCGCCGCCAUGAUGCUGGCCAGAUCAUUCACAGAAAUCCCUGUCUCAUUCCAUCUACAGUCGCAGCUCCAUUCCAGACCUUUCUUCUCAGGCCGGGCGGUGAGCUGAUGGCCCAAGUUCGGGAAACUUCCUUGUCUUCCAGCUCUUUGGUCCGCUAGAGCUCGGGCGGUGGGGGAGGAGCCUCGCCCGAGGAGGCGGCUGAAAAGGCGGGGAAAAUGGAGAAGGAGGCGGUGGGGGAGGCAAAGAUGUGUUCAGGCCAGGGAGCUGAGGAGGUGAAGCUGGAGCCUUUACAAGAGCGUAAGCCUGCUUCGGAGGAGAACUUGACGUGGAGUGACAGCGGCGGCGAUAAGGAGGUGCUCCCUUCAACCCCACCUCGCUGUUACAGCAGCUCUUCGCCCCUUUGCCCGCGCCGCAAGCCCCGCCCUCGGCCCCAGCCCCGGGUCCGGGCCCGAGCCCUGCCCGGGCCCUCGGCCCCACCCCAGCCUCCAGCCCAUCCUCACCCUCAGCUUCUGACCCGGCCCCAGUCCUGGCGCAGAUCGCGGCGUAGAUCCCGGCCUGGGUCUAGGCCCCAGAAGCUGCAAAGCUGUUCUCCUGACCUAGGUGGCUCUGCGGAUCGAGGUGGCCUAGGGGACUGGUUGCUGGAGGUGGAGUUUGAUCAGGGUCCUACAGGCUGCUCUCAUGUGGAGAGCUUUAAAGUGGCUAAGAACUGGAGGAAGAACCUGCGGUUGAUCUACCAGCGUUUCGUUUGGAGUGGGACCCCAGAAACUAGGAAACGUAAGGCAAAGUCGUGCUUCUGUCAUGUAUGUAGUACCCAUAUGAACAGACUCCACUCUUGUCUCUCCUGUGUCUUUUUUGGCUGCUUUACUGAGAAACAUAUUCACAAACAUGCAGAAACAAAACAGCAUAAUUUAGCUGUAGACCUCUAUCAUGGGGUUAUAUAUUGCUUUAUGUGUAAGGAUUAUGUAUAUGACAAAGACAUAGAACAGAUUGCCAAAGAAACAAAAGAGAAAAUUCUGAAAUUACUAACUUCCAUCUCAACAGAUGUUUCUCAACAACAGUGUAUGACAUCAGGUGUUGAAGAGAAACAUUCAACCUGUGAGUCAAAGGAACAGGAGCCAAAAUUGGUGAAACCCAAGAAAAAGAGGAGGAAAAAGUCAGUCUGUACUGUAGGCCUGAGAGGGCUAAUCAAUCUUGGGAACACGUGCUUUAUGAAUUGUAUUGUCCAGGCACUUACCCAUAUUCCUUUAUUGAAAGAUUUCUUUCUCUCUGACAAGCAUAAAUGUGUAAUGACAAGCCCCAGCUUGUGUCUUGUCUGUGAAAUGUCUUCUCUUUUUCAUGCAAUGUACUCUGGGAGCCGAACUCCUCACAUUCCUUAUAAGUUAUUGCAUCUAAUAUGGAUUCAUGCAGAACACUUAGCAGGAUAUAGGCAGCAGGAUGCCCAUGAGUUCCUUAUCGCAAUAUUAGAUGUGCUGCAUAGACACAGCAAAGAUGAUAGUGUUGGGCAGGAGGCCAAUAACCCCAACUGCUGUAACUGCAUCAUAGACCAAAUCUUUACAGGUGGCUUGCAGUCAGAUGUCACAUGUCAAGCUUGCCAUAGUGUCUCUACCACAAUAGACCCAUGCUGGGACAUCAGUUUGGACUUGCCUGGCUCUUGUGCCACAUUCAGUUCCCAGAGUCCAGAGGGAGCUGACAGCACAGUGAGUAGGGAUGACCACAUACCAGGUAUUCCCUCACUCACAGAUUGCCUACAGUGGUUUACAAGGCCAGAGUACCUAGGAAGCAGUGCCAAAAUCAAAUGCAGUAGUUGCCAAAGCUAUCAGGAAUCUACCAAACAACUCACGAUGAAGAAAUUACCUAUCGUGGCCUGUUUUCAUCUCAAGCGAUUUGAACAUGUAGGUAAACAGAGGCGAAAGAUUAAUACUUUUAUCUCCUUUCCCUUGGAGCUGGAUAUGACUCCAUUUUUGGCCUCCACUAAGGACAGCAGAAUGAAGGAAGACCAGCCACCAACAGAUUGUACACCCAAUGAGAAUAAGUAUUCCUUGUUUGCAGUGAUUAAUCACCAUGGAACUUUGGAAAGUGGACACUAUACCAGCUUUAUCCGGCAACAAAAGGACCAAUGGUUUAGCUGUGAUGAUGCCAUCAUCACCAAGGCUACCAUUGAGGACUUACUCUACAGUGAAGGGUAUUUACUGUUCUAUCACAAACAGGGUCUAGAGAAAGAAUAGUCUUACAAGACACUUACCAGAAAAAAAAAAGGAAAUGAAUAUACAAGGAUCCUGAAAUGACACAUAAACCUACCUGGAAUGGACAAUGACAAUACCCAUACAACAACAAGCACCUCUUGAAGUUUCGCAAAAACCUACCUGGCAUUGACAAUGACAAAUAGCACCUAUAUGACAAGUAGCACCUUGAUAUAAAGAACCUAUUUUACCAUGGUUUAUGGGUCUGUAAGAGGAAAAAAAAAAAUACUAACUAGUGACCAUUCAGCCUUAAGAAAUGGGAGGGGGGGAAGAGGUUGAAAAUGGUCACAUAAAGCAUAAUUAAAUGAACAGAUUGUUUUAGAUGGGGAGAGUGGGAAUGGAGAUGUUCUGCCACUGCUGUAUGUCAUUUGUUUCUACAAAAAUACCAUGUGAAAUCAGGGAGUAUUUGUACAUCAACAAAAAGUUUCACAAUUGGUAUUCUAGCUGUGGCUGAUUAGUCAAAUGGUUUGAAAAAAAGAAUAUUGAAAAAAAAAUUUUAAAGCCUU